AUGGCCGCCGACUUCAGCAUCAUCAAGAGCAAGAAAGCAGUGUGUGUGUGUGUGAGUGGAAAGGGACAGGGUAACCUAUUAUUAUCAUUCUCGCUGCGUUUUUCCACCUCCCGUGCUGGCGGCGGCUCGAACGCUAAAAUGGAGGCGGAAAGAUCCGGCGGAGUAGCGGGUGGAACGAACCAGAACUCCGCGGGCAGCAGCGGCGUGGGGCGCAAUCCGAACGGGCCGAAAGCAGUGCUCGGACCAGCAGCAGCAGCAGCGGCGGCCGGGGCGAUGGCAGGAGCUCUACCGUCUCGGGAAGCACAGGACGGAGAAGCAGGCCUAUCACUUCCUGGGAUCUUGCAUUUCAUUCAGUACGAAUGGGGACGUUUCCAGGCCGAAAAAUGUCGCUGGGAAGCCGAGAGGGACGAACUCCGGGCACAGGUGGCCUUUCUUCAGGGCGAGAGGAAGGGGCAGGAGAAUAUGAAGCAGGAUCUGGUGAGGAGGAUCAAGAUGCUGGAGUACGCCCUCAAACAAGAGAGAACCAAGCACCAGAAGCUGAAGACUGGCAGUGACCAGAGCCCAGGAGAGAAGAAACCGGAGGCAGAGGCGGAGCCAGUACCCAAUGGGCCGGCAGAGUCAGACUCGGAGCCAGCCAAUCAGAUGUCGUGGAAGGAGGGACGUCAGCUAUUGCGCAAGUACCUGGAGGAGGUGGGCUACUCAGACACCAUCCUGGACAUGCGCUCCAAGCGCGUGCGUUCGCUGCUGGGCCGCAGCAGCCCCGAGGCCAACGGGCCGCCUCCGUCCGAACUCUCCCCAGAACCCGAGACACACGCCGCCUCCGAGUCCCUGCUGGUCAGGCAGAUCGAAGAGCAGAUCAAGAGGAACGCUGGUAAGGAGAGCUCGAAGGAGAGGGUGGGGGGCUCUGUGCUGGAUAAGAUCCCCUUCCUGCACGGCUGUGAGGAUGAUGAUGAGGAUGACAGCGACGAGGAAGAUGACUUCCAGGGCAUGGCCACCGACUGCAUCGAUGGGCCCCGCAAGAACAAGAAGACACGGGGGAAGAUGGGUGCGGAGCCUCUGACCCCAGACCUGGACCCCGAGGAUGAGGAUGAUGAAGACGACUCGGAGGAUGCCCUGAGUGAGUUUGACUUCCUGGGCUCCGGAGAGGAGGGAGAGGGCGCGGGAGAGGCCCGCAUCUCUGGGGACGGACGGGAGCUAGAGAAUCGCAGGAACAAGAUGCAGGGUAUGAUGUCGGAUUUUCCCUCCAAGCCCUCCCCACCCCCCUCUAUCCCUGGCCAGCCUCGACCUGAAGGGGGCGCUCUGGGCUUCUCGUCUGACGUCUUCAUCUUGGACGCUGUUGGCGGGGGAGACAUGAACCUGGGCGAGCUGGCUGACCUCACCGUUGCCAACGACAAUGACCUCACCAUCGACCUGCAGGACAGCCGUGAGGAGUUCAAGAAGACGUGGAACCCUCGCUUCACGCUGCGGAGCCACUUCGACGCCAUCCGCGCGCUGGACUUCCACCCCAGCGAGGCCGUCAUGCUCACCGCCUCAGAGGACGGAACCCUCAAGCUCUGGAACCUCAACAAGGCCAUGCACUCCAAGAAAAACGCAGCCUUGGACGUGGAACCCAUCUAUACCUUCAGAGCUCACAGUGGAGCAGUGCUCUCCUUGGCUAUGGGGGAGGAUGGCGAGUCGUGCUACAGUGGAGGUCUCGACGGAUCCGUUCGCUGCUGGAAGAUUCCGGACCUUAACGUGGACCCCUACGACAACUACGACCCCGGCGUGGAGAGCAGUGUGUUGGCGGGGCACGAGGACUCGGUGUGGGGUCUGGCCUACUCGUCCUCCCUGAAGCGCCUGGCCUCCUGCUCGGCCGACGGCACCGUCCGCAUCUGGGACCCACACAACUCCAGCCCCUGCCUGUCCGUCUUCAACAAGGAGAAAGAGCAUGGCACCCCCACGUCGGUGGCCUUCGUGAACUCUGACCCCUCUCAAGUGGUGGUGUCCUUUGGCGGCGGCAACACACUGCUGUACGACCUCAACACGGAGCAGAGCAUCAUAACCCUGGAGACACAGACCAAGGACGGCAGCGAGCUGAUCAACCGCGUGGUCAGCCACCCCUCUCAGCCCAUCUCCAUCACGGCACAUGAGAAUCGCACCAUCCGCUUCCUGGACAACAACACCGGUAAAGUGGUCCACUCCAUGGUCGCCCAUCUGGACGCUGUGACCUGCCUGACCACUGACCCCAAAGGCACUUAUCUGGUCUCCGGAAGCCACGACUGCUCGGUGCGCCUGUGGAUGCUGGAGAGCCGCACGUGUGUGCAGGAGAUCACGGCGCACCGUAAGAAGCACGACGAGGCGAUCCACGACGUGGCCUUCCACCCCUCACAGCCACUCAUCGCCAGCGCAGGCGCCGACGCCCUCGCCAAGAUCUUCAUCUGAACACACACACACGCGCACGCGCGCCAUGCAGCGCCGCACACACAGGGGAGGCAUCCUUACCGAUGGACCAGAUGAGUGGAGCACAAGGCUGAACCAGUCAAACACACACACACACACACACACACACACACACACACACUCACACACAAAGUGGUUUGAGUGGGAGAGGACAUCAUAUCCUACUUCCCAGUGAAUAGGUUGUUUUUGCAGAUCUAGGUUCCCCAUGAUCCUUUGUUUUGUUUUGUUUUCCCACAAUGCAGUGCACUGUGGUUGUGACAUACAAUAUUGCUUGUCAUUGGUUUUCAAACUAACAACUCUGGCUACUUCUCAAUGUGUUAGAUGCUUUUGAACCACACACUACCUGAUGUUUUUUAUAUGCUUACUUCAUAUCUGCUUGCAGUUCACCUUGCGCUAACACACACACACACACACACACACACACACACACACACACUCAUACCCACUUACUGUACGCACACACGCACACACACACACUCAAGGCUCAGGCUGUUGGCUUGGGCCCUUUGCAAACACUCUGUACCCUGUAAGACAUUUCUAUGGUCUCUUUUUCUAGUUCCUCUCUCUUUUCAUAAGGAACACUAUACAGUCCAGUUUUACAGCAGCAUGCUGUUCACGCAUCCUCACUGCUUUGAUUUUCUCUGACUUUGUCAGUUGCCAAGUGUGUAUGCGUGCGUGCGUGCGUGCGUGCGUGCGUGCGUGCGUGCGUGCGUGUGUGCGUGCGUGGGUGUGUGUGCCUGUGUGUGUGUGUGUGUGGUCAAUGCAUGCCCAUUCCAAAGACAUCACAAGGGGACGACUCUUGUUAGCUGCUCCUUCAUACACUCUGCUGCACACAAUUGAGCUUUAAUUUCAGCCUCACACCCCUACACCUAGCCUUAGUGUGUGUGUGUGUGUGUGUGUGUGUGUGUGUGUGUGUGUGUGUGUGUAAAGAAAUGUCGGUAUGUGGGUGUAUGUUAAUCAUCCUGUUACUCACUCAGUAUUGCAUUGCUGGUGCUGAUGUUUCAACAUCUGGUAUUCUCUGUGAGUGUGUGUGUGUGUGUGUGUGUGUGUGUGUGUGUUUGUGUGUGUUAGGUCUAUGCAUAUAGCCCCAUUUUUUACGUCUCUCUGUAUGUAUAUAAGCACUAACAUUUACAGCUGCACAAGAGUGCCAGUGUAUUUUUAACCUUUGCAAAUCAAAACAAUCUCUCAAAUAACGGUUAUGACUAAAGUCCAUUCAGCCUCAUCAUCACAAGCCAUGAUCAAUGGCCUCUGUAGACAUGCACGCAUGCACACACACACACACACACACACACACACACACACACACACACGUCUCAACAUCAGAGGUGUGCAAUCAUACGGUGUGAGAGGGGAGAGGUGGGUGUUACCAUGUCCCCAUCAGUCCACCAAUAAUCACACUUCAUUUCUGCUCCCAGGACACACACACACACACACACACACACACACACACACACACCCCAAAUGCAUCAAUAUAGACAACAUCAUGAUACCAAAAUUAUAACGAUAUGAUACAAUUCAAAGGUAUCUGGAUACCUAUAUUGAAACAAUACCAUGACAAAAUCCUCUCACACAUUAGCAGACGUAAUAAAAUAGGCCUAGACAGACGUAACAUGAAUCUUGACUAAAUCUUUUUCAAACUGAUAACAAACACUGCUUUUUGUUACAACCUGAUCAAAGCACCAUGUUUAAAGUAUCAGUACUGACAGUAUCACAGCAUUUUUAAUUUUAAGGUAUCAAGAUACAUUUCUAGUAUCAGUGCAUCAUGCAACACUAAUAGACACACACACACACACACACACACACACACACUCACACACAGACUCACACACACACACACACUCCCGCAUGCACGCAUGCCUGCUCUCUUUAACCUGUGGUGCUAUAGGACUCCUCUUGAGUCAGGGAUCCAGUGCGGGUUAUGCCUCUGGUGUGUGUGUGUGUGUGUGUGUGUGUGCGUGUGUGUGUGUGUGUGUUCGUGCGUUUGUUUUUAUAAACUCUCCACAAGCUGGUCCAUCCCACAGGGGAGUCCACAGGAGCCCACUCACCUACAAGAGAGAGAGAGGGAGAGAGAGAGAGAGAGAGAGAGAGAGAGAGAGAGAGAGAGAGAGAGAGAGAGAGAGAUGAAGAGAUGUACUGUGUGCUGAAACAAUACCUACUUUAUUGCGUUUAUAUCUCCCCUACAUUUUGAUUCUUUUUCUUUUCGCUGCUUGUAAAGCGUUUUCGAGAGACUGCCAGUAGCCUGUUAUCAUUUCAUUACCUCCCCCCCACACUCCCCCAGCGGGGGGCGCUCUCGUGUUGGGGGACGGGUGACGACGAGAGUCCACUUCCAGGGGUCCAAGGGGGCUGGAAAUCUCUCCGCUCGUACCCCCUCCGUCUCCUCUCGUCUCGGCCUGGCCGUCAGUUCUGCUGGAGGCAGUCGAGAUCGAACCGAACCGAACCGUGCCGUGCCGAGCCGUGCUGUGCUGCCACACCGUUGGGCUCUUGGUGCGUUCUCUACUGAAACGCCUGAUAUCUACUG